AUGUUUACCUUGAGAGGCUGGUACUACUCGCUUUCUAAAGAGUUCAAGAUUAGGCCAAACAACAUCAACAGAGAUCAGCCUCUUCUUCCGCAGGUGUGCGUUCUCAAUAUGGUUUACUAUACUUCUGUCGUGUUACUUGCGAAACCAUUCCUUCGUUCGGGGAAAGGUGAAGCCCCCGAAUCAAACGAAGUUCUUCGGGCGGCUUCAUCCGCUUGCCUUGAGGCUGCGACUGAAAUCUGCCUCCUUGGUGAGAGAUAUCGCGAGGUAUUUGGGAGCUUUCGUCGAAGUCCUCUGACAGCAACCCACUGCACGUUGACCGCUGCCUUGGUAAUAAUGUUGGUUAGAGACGACCCAGUAGGAACAUGGCCUCAGGCGGAUAGAACGAAGCUUGGCGGGUGCUUGCAAACAUUACACGAGCUGUCUAUCUCCUGGGGCCCGCCUCUACGGUACUGGCGCACUCUGACUAAGAUGAUCAAUCAACGGAAAUCUCAGGAUGGGACCACUGAAGAGAACUCCGCAGCGGCUGCUAGUGGCGACGAUGCACAGGUGGUUGAUCCCAACACCAUGCCCAGCACGUUCAUAGACCAGCCGGAUCAACUUCACCUGGGUAGCAAAGCCGAAGUUGCUUCCAGUGAUAUAAGCAUAGAAAUCGCAUUGCAAGACCCGCCAAUACCUGAUCAAGAUCUUUGGGGGAAUGCAUCUACAGCACAUACGUUUCCAGACGUCGGAUGGCUCGACAUUGGCGCCUUUGAUGCACUUUCAUGGGACUUGGCUAGCCAAAUAGGACCCGAUGGACAAAUUUGGGAAAUGGGCAGCUCAUGGCAAAAUGAAGGACAUCAAUAGGUAAAAUCAUUUUAGUUUGUACUAUAAACGCUUGUAUGCUACCGUGAGAUGUUAG